CAGGUAAACUACAUGGUUAUGUACCCAAACGAUGCCAUGUAUUUGGCAAAAGUGGACGACUGGUCCAUGUACGACUUGUCUUGUGUGACGAAGUUCUGUGCAGGAGCUUCCAUGUUGCCACCGUCAACCGUCAGAGCCAUGAGGAAAAUGUUUCCGAAUCUUAGUCGACCAAUUGGACAGAUAUAUGGUAGCACAGAAAUGCUACUGGCCAUCACCUCGAAUUCGCUAAUGUGCCCCGAAACGGAAGCUGGGAUCGGAGUGCUGAAUCCAUAUACGAAAUGCAAGGUUGUGAGCUUGGAGGAUAACAGGGCGUUGGGACCGAACGAGCGUGGAGAGUUUUGGAUUCACACUCCUUUUCUGAUGAAGAACUACCGGAAUCGCCCGGACUUGACGGAGAACGCGGUGACACCCGACGGAUGGUACAAAACUGGGGAUUACGGUUACUACGACAACAAUCAACAUCUGCACAUCGUCGAUAGGGUUAAAGAUCUGAUCCAUCUCUCCAGUGGAGAAAUCCUAUCUCCUUCUGAAAUCGAGGACGUCAUCCUGCAACACGAUUGGGUAUUUCAAGUUGGCGUAACUGGUGUGAAAACCGGGAAUGAUUUGUCCACUAAACCUCGAGCGUUUGUGGUGUUGAAGAAAGACGCCCCCGAAGUGAAAACCGAGGAUAUUAUCAAUUUUGUUCAAAAUCGAGCGAAAAAUGUCCUGCUGCACAUAACUGGAGGAGCCGAGUUCGUCGACAGUUUGGUGACGAGUCCAGCUGGAAAGAUUUACAGAAUCAAGCUGAGGGAGGAUUUUAGCAACCGGCAACAAAUGCGCGUUUGAGGCAAAAACUCGGAAUCGUACAACAUCACAGACUAUUUUAUUUAAAAUAAUUUUAGCAGAUCACCGAAUGAAAAGAAGAAAAAAUGCGCUGUUGAGUUCUUCCAAUAAUGCAAAGCGCGAACGUCGGUUCUCAUCAACAGUUAUUCGAAGAAAUAUGUACAGUAUAUGACAUUCGAUACGAAGCACAUGUCGCGUUCAACGGUAAUUGUUUAUUGGGGUUUUCGGUGAUGACCUUGUAUGUGCUAUGUCAUGUGUAAUCCAGUAAUAAACGUUCCCCAGCACCCAGAAACGAAUUUAAUCCCUGCGACGGGUGUGGGUUUCAAAA